AUGAGACUUACAGUAGAACAAUUUGAAGAACUGCUCAAUUUGACUAGGUCUGCCUUGAUAAAGACUAGUAUGCGAGAAUCUCUGGAUCCUGAAUUCCGUCUAGCAUUUACAGUGUGCUUUCUAGCAUCAGGGGACAGUUUUCCUUCAAUGGCCAGAUAUUGGCGCAUAGGCAGAUCAACAUCUUAUAAAAUAAUUACAGAAACAUGCAAUGUUAUUUGGCAACGUCUUCAAGGAACAUAUUUGAAGCCUCCUUCUCAAAAGGAGUGGAAAAAUAUUGAGAAAGGUUUUUAUGAUCGAUGGAAUUUUCCCAAUUGUGUUGGAGCUCUAGAUGGAAAGCACAUCCGUGUGCAAUGUCCACCCAAUUCUGGUUCAGCAUACUAUAACUACAAAGGAUAUUAUAGCAUAGUAUUGCUAGCUACAUGUGAUGCCAAUUAUGCAUUUACUUUUGUAGACAUUGGAGAUUAUGGAUCAUUAUCAGACACAAGUAUCCUCAGUGCAUCGGCAUUUGGACGUGCUCUAGAACGUGAUGAAUUAGAUCUGCCACCACCAAAGGUAUUACCAAACUCAACAUUGCUAGUCAAUCACUACUUCGUGGGUGAUGAAAUUUUUCCCUUGCGGUUAAAUCUAUUACGACCAUAUGCAAGAAAGAACUUGUUAGGAAUUGCACAAAAAGUUUUCAAUUAUAGACUUUCAAGGGCACGACGUGUUAUUGAGAACGCUUUUGGAAUUCUCGUAACCAGGUGGAGAGUGCUGAGAACCACAUUGGCCUUGCAUCCAAAUAAUGUAGAGAUUAUAAUUUCUGCUGUAGUCUGUUUACAUAAUUUUAUCAUGAAAAAAGAAGAACACAUUGUUGGAUUUAAAUCAUAUUGUCCAUCUGGUUAUGUAGACUAUUACGAUGAAAAUGGCAAUGUUGUUUCUGGUUUGUGGCGAGGUGAAAACACUCCUGGAAGUAUAACACGACUCAAUCGAUGGGGUCUAAUCAUGCUGCCACAGUUGCAAUGA